AUGGCAGAAGGUGGAGAUCCGACAGGUCCAGUAGUAGUAGCGGUGAAAGUGGUCGGUGGUGAAGCGACUCACGGACAAUCUACCCUGCCGCAGGUGAUAAAGCUUGGUGUCGGUGCCGCAGGGUGUUCAAAGAUUUACCCGUGCUUAGAGUGUGGAAAGACUUUUACUAAAAGCGAUCAUCUCAAAAACCACCAGCGCAUCCACGCAGGAGAGAAGCUGUACAGCUGCUCAGAGUGUUGGAAGAGUUUUAUUCAGCUAAUUAAGCUCCAACAGCACCAGCGCAUCCACAUGGGGGAGAAGCCAUUUCGCUGCGAACAGUGUGGGAAGAGUUUCGCCUGUCAGCGUAACCUGCAACAACACUGCCGUAUCGAUAUAGGAGAGAAGCCUUAUCAGUGUGAACAGUGUGGGAAGAGCUUUCGUCAUAAGAAAUCUCUUCAGCUACACAAGCGCAUUCACAGAGAAGAGAAGCCAUAUCGCUGCGAACAGUGUGGGAAGAGUUUCAGCGACCGGAGUUAUACCCAAAAUGGUUCUCUCAAGCGGCACCAGCGCAUUCACACAGAAGACAGGCCGUAUUACUGUGCACAGUGUGGGAAGAGUUUUACCCAAAACAUUCAUCUCCAAAACCACCAGCGCAUUCACACAGGAGAGAGGCCAUAUCACUGUGAACAGUGUGGGAAGAGUUUUACGCAAGACAGUCAUCUUCAAGUACACCAGCGCCUUCACACAGGAGACAGGCCGUAUCACUGUAAAAAGUGUGGGAAGAGUUGUACUACUCCGACUAAUCUCAAGUGGCACCAGCACAGUCACAUGGAAGAAAAGCCAUAUCACUGUGAACAGUGUGGAAAGAGUUUUACCCAAGACAGUCAUCUCCAAAAACACCAGUGCAUCCACACAGGAGACAGGCCGUAUCACUGUGGAGAGUGUGAGAAGAGUUUUACUUCUCAGACUACGCUCAAGCAGCACCAGCGCAUUCACACAGGAGAGAGGCCGUAUCACUGUAAACAGUGUGGGAAGAGUUUUACUUCUCAUACAGGUCUCAAGCAGCACCAACGCAUUCACACAGGAGAAAGGCCAUAUCACUGUGCAGAUUGUGGAAAGGGUUUUAGCCAAAAUAGUAAUCUCAAAACUCACCAGCGCAUUCACACAGGAGAGAGGCGGCAUCACUGUGAACAAAAAAAGUUCUGCAGUAACUUCAAGGACCUCCAGCAGGGUCAUGCAGGACAGCAGCCAUAUCACUGUGGACCUUGUGGGCGGAGUUAUACUUAUUUGAGAUCAUUUAGAAAGCAUAAGUGCUCUAAGAUGAAUUUAUCAGAUCGUGAUGUGAAUAAGUCAAGCUAAAAAUCGUGAAAUUUCUCAUGGCAGUAAUGAAUCACGGCAUGAGAAACUCUUGCUUCCUGUCCGCAUUUUAGCAGAAUUUAUGAUUGUGAUUUUAUUGAUUACAAAAUGGUUGUUUUUUUAAAUGCUUUUUAAAAAAAACGCUUUCCUUGAUUUUAAAAUGCAAAACAAUUAA